AUGACUGAACAGUAUAAUUAUAAUUCUUACAAUUCUGGAGAAGCUGAAGCCGGAUUGGCAAAUAAUAAUAUAGAAGGGGACGACACGCUUCGUAAUCAUGCGGCAUUUAAUGAAAAUCCCGAAGAGCGAUAUGAAUAUUCAGAUUCAGCAUCAGAAGAUGAUGAGCCAUUAGAUCCAGAGAAAAAAGAGAAAACUAGAAAGCCAUCAGAUAAUGCAUUUAAGCAGCAAAGGUUGAAAUCGUAUAACCCAGUUUUCACGGCAAAAACGGUGAUUCCUGUAUUGAUGGCUAUUGCAAUUGUAUUUGUGCCACUUGGAGCAGCAAUGUGGUAUGCCUCGCACAGAAUUAUCGACAUCUCCAUUGACUAUUCGCAAUGUGAAAACAUGGCGAAUGAGAAUUAUUGGACCAAAAUCCCUGUAAACUUUACAGAGUACAAUUAUCGGAAGAAAUAUGAUUCAGAUCACUCAAGUUUCAGUUGGAAAUUGGCAGUAGAUGAUUCACAGCCAUUCGAAGACGAGAGGAGAGUUUGUCAAGUUCAAUUUCAAGUGCUAGAGGAUAUAAAAGGUCCUAUAUAUUUAUACUACCGCUUGCACAAUUUCUAUGCCAAUCAUCGACGUUUUGUUAAAUCUUUCAGUGAAGAUCAAAUCAAUGGGAAACGUGCAUCUCUCAGUACUAUUAAGGACACAGUAGGGCAAAACUGUGAACCAUUAUCACAAAUAAACGGUACAAAAAUUUAUCCGUGUGGCUUGAUUGCCAAUAGCUUGUUUAACGAUACUUACUCGGCGGCCUUGCAAGCAGUGAAUAACACAGACGAGGAUCACACUGUGAUACUUACAGAAAAGGGAACAAACUGGGCAAGCGACAAGAAUAGAUUUAAAAAGACCAAGUACAAUUAUACAGAAGUGGUGCCCCCACCAAACUGGUACAAGAUGUUCCCCAAUGGCUAUAACGAAACAAAUAUUCCCGAUAUUUCCCAAUGGCCGCAAUUCCAAAACUGGAUGCGACCUUCAGCUUUAGCGACAUUCAACAAAUUAGCACUUCGCAAUGACUCGGCAACUUUGCAAAAAGGAUUGUACCAAAUUGAUAUUGGAUUGCAUUUCCCAGUUUUGCCCUACAAUGGAAAGAAAUACAUCUACAUUUCGCAGCGAUCUGUUAUUGGUGGCAAGAAUUACUUCCUAGGCAUAAGCUGGAUGGUGGGUGGAGGAAUUUGUUUCUUUUUGGGAUUGGUCUUGUUGGUUGUGAAUUUCCUCAAGCCUAGACGAACAGGAGAUGUCAACUUAUUGAGCUGGAAUAAAGAAAAGGCUAUGCGCGAUGAAGAUAGCGCUGCAAGAGCUAGUGGAUAUGAGAGUCCAAGAACCAAAUUGUAA